AUGACAGAGUAUGAGCGAGACUUUUCUCACAUUGUUGAGCUUAUUCCGUUCGUGGUCCAUGAUGAGUACCACAAGGCCCCGUUGUUUGCGAGGGGGCUAAGACCCAGUAUUCGGCUUCUGAUCGCAUCCCACGGCAUGUUGACGUUCGACGAGAGGCUGGAUCGGGCCCUGAUGGUGCAAAGUGAUAUGGAUGAGGCUCGAAUCGAACAGGACGCAUCCGAGAAGAGUGAGGACAGGAAGCGUGCACAGGAGAGUUUUGUUGGUGGCCAAUCGAGCAAUGGGCGACCACCCAAGCAUCGCAAGACACAGUCAGGAUCGAGCAAUGCCCCUGCUACAUCUCAAAGGCAGAGCACCAGACCUUGUGUUAUCUGCGGCAAGGCUCACAAGGUUAAUGAGUGCCCACAGCGCCACAAUCACUGUUACAAGUGUGGCCAACGCGGACACCUUCAGGCAGACUGCAUCAAUGGAGUAGGAACAGUAUCUACUGUAGUGUCUACUCCAGCAGCUCCAUGGCAAGAUUGUGGCAACACGGCGUAUUCUUUGUCUGGACGCCCCUCUACAUCCCGGCAGGAAAAGGGGGCACACUAG